UCUGUAACUGGUACAUUCACUGUCCCAACACCGACGGGUGAAGGAUCCGCUGCCAUGUGGGUCGGCAUCGACGGUGUCGGCUGCCAGGUCAUUCUCCAGACGGGUGUCGACGCCACUAUCGACAAUGGUCAAGUGUCGUACUCAUCGUGGUAUGAGUGGUACCCCGACCCGUCCCACACCUUCGACAAUAUCAACUUCUCGGCAGGCGACGUUGUCACUUUGACCGCGACCGCUCACACCACCAACACCGGCACGGUGACGAUUGAGAACGCAACCAACGGUCAGAAGGUGUCGUCGGACGUGAACUCGACGACGGCGCUGUGCAUGCAGAAUGCGGAGUGGAUUGUCGAGGAUUAUAUCGGCGGCAACAGCCAGGUGUCGUUCGACAACUUCGGCACUGUCACAUUCACAAACGCACAGGCUACGACGGGCUCGGGCGCCGUCGGCCCCGAUGGCGCGACGAUCUACGAGAUUGUGCAGAAUAAUGUGCAACUGACGCAGGCUUCUGUACAGAACGGCAAUGUUGUUAUCAGCCAU